AUGACUUUGACAUCCAGCAGCCCGGGGAUACCCAUCACCUACAAGUGGUCAUCGCUCCCUCAAGAGCUUCGACUGCAAAUCUUCGGAUACGUGGCCGGACAGCGAAAUUGUCGAGCUAGGGGCCUUAGUCGCUUUGCCUGCGUCUCUUCCGAAUGGCAAGAUCACUUUGAAAGGAUCAUAUUCCGACGCCUUAUGAUCGACAACUCCCAGCUGUUAACGUUCUCCGACAUGACCGAGCGCCAAAAGGUUGUGAGAUUGUCAUAUAUACGUUACCUAUGCUUGAGGAUCAAGCUCAAGGACUACGAUUAUCCGGAAUGCCAUAAAGAAGAGUCCAUUGCGACGAUAAAAUGUAAUAACAGGAGAUUUUCUGAUUCGCUGAUUGGAUUGUUUAAUGUGCUCUGCCGUUGGGAGCCUUCCAACGAUCGGGACACCGGAUUAAUACUCGAGAUCACUGCUUACUCACCUGGUGACAACAACUUUUCCCAAGAAGCAUCGUUAGAAUACGCUAUACAUAACAGCCUCCAGCUGGAAGAAGACCUCGAAAGCUCACUUAGCAUUCGAGACCUCAUCCGUAUAAAUACUCUUAGACGUCUGUGCGACCCUGGGAAGAAUUGGCAUAGGCCAAAGACCGAGAAAGGCUUGUCGCGACUACAAGGCACACCACUUGAGUUGAGUACAACGAAGAAACUCAAGCAAGUCCCGAUCGUUCAUACUCUCUGGAUACGCCAUCAGUUCUACAGGGGGAUAGAUGAAAAGAGCUUGGUACGGAUCUUGCGCAUGGCUCUGACGAGCGUCGUUUCUUUCCGGCUCGAAACUUUCGGUAACUGGAUCAGCCUAAUUCUUCAACUUCCCCAUCACAUUCGUCAAUUUUCCUUGAACCUCGUCUCAAGAUCACUCGGUCAGUCGAACAAUAAACAUAUAGACGGAGGGCCUGAACAACCAAAGUUUUUAGCAGAGAAAGCUCACCAUUUGGUCGCACUUUGUCCACCUGGUGGCAUGAAUCCACUGCAUUUUAUUCGGCAUCUUCGAAAGUCACAGCAGUAUCAAGAACUCGAACAUGGUUCAAAACUGGAGCAGUUAUGUCUUGAGAUUCCAAACACAGCUCGCGGAGACGCUGUAUCGUUCCAGAGUCAGUUAAAUGCUCUCUUGGAAGAAUCUGCUGUCACCGCCCGAGAGUUGCCAAAUCUCCAGAUUAUGGAAAUUUGGUGGGACAAUGGGAUAAAUGCCUGUUUGUUCCGAUAUGAGCUUGAGAAAGACCAAGUUACCAUCACAUGGAGAGUAACUGAAAACUGGAUAAACCUGACAGAAGGAAGUAAACAACAGUGGGCGAGAGUAGCUAAGAAGUAUAAUGUGGGCUUUUCAGUUAAGAGAGAGCCGUUUUGUGAAGUCAGGCGAAACGGCAUGCGUAUUGAUGGGAAGAGCAUCUACCGGGACUUGAAGUUGUGCGAUUUGGCUGUCGAUCCAGUUACUCUGGCCUAUGCUGAGAUGAGGCUAGGCUGGUAG